CUAGUUUAAGCUCGUUUGCUGACUGACAGCAGGCUUAGGAGUGGAUUCUGUUUAUAGUCUUUUUUUUUUCUUCUCUCUUGCUAUCUUUGUUUUAUGAAGAGGUGUGAUAAAGCAUAGUUACAUAUAUAAGACAUAGAUAACAAGCAGCAGUAGAAAUAUCGUCUGCGACGCGACAGCGAGAAGCCACAUACAUACAUAGAUAGACGGAACCAACAUCGAAAGCGACAACAGAGAAAAGAAAGUAACUACGAAUAACGACUUCCAGCAUUUCUACCAUAUACAGAAGCUUGACAAUGGAAGAGAAGGCUCAAAAACUCAUCGAAUUUCUUCGAAAUGAAUGCAUUAAACGGGGCUGUACAUCAGGUAUUAAAGGUCUGGGUCUCAUUUUCCGAUCAAUGGACAUCGAUUUUUCUAAAAGAUUAUGCUUCGAUGAACUGAAACUCGGUAUCCAGAGAUAUGGAAUUGAGAUUAGCGAUUCUGAUCUACUUAUACUCUUCAAUGCCAUAGAUAUAGACAAUAAUAAAACUAUUGAUUUUGGUGAAUUCAUGCAUAAGUUACGCCCACCACUGACAGGAAUUCGCCUGGCUGUUGUCAAAGAAGCAUUUCAAAAAUUAGAUGUUAAUAAUGACACUGUAAUUGCUGUGGACGAUCUCAAAGUAUUCUUUGCGAAUAAUGCUAUGGAACAUCCUAGAUAUCGUUCUGGAGAAUGGACAGAAGAAGAGACUUUACGGAAUUUCUUGGACGGUUUGGACACACCUGGUUGCUGUGACGGCAAAGUAACCGAAGAGGAAUUUAUAAAUUAUUAUGCCGGGGUCAGUGCUACUGUAGAAGACAGUAGCUAUUUUGAUCUUAUGAUGAGAUCUACAUACAAACUUCCGGCCAAAUCUACUUGUUAGGUGAUAAUUUUAAAACACUGGUCAAGCAACCGUAUAGUCUCUACACAAUGGAAUUGUAAUAUAAAAGAUAUGUUGCGAAUACACACGCGCAUACACUCUCACACGUACACAGAUACACACUCACGUACACACACACACACGCAUACACAUUCGCGCGUGCACACACACACACGCACACACACACACUUAUACACAUAUACACAGAGAGAGAGAAAGAGAGAGUCACAGGUAUUUUAAUUUAUUUUCAAAAUGUGCUUAAUAUCUUGCUUUAUUAAAACUGGUAGUAAUAUAUGCUUAUAUAUUCUCACAUGAAUACAGCUUUAUGUUCAUACAUGACAGACUACAGACAUUCAUGUAUUUUUUAUCUCGAAAAACAAAACCUAACCUACAAAUCUAUACAUACGUAGUCUGAUCAAUAAGUAUCAGGACUGUUGCCAUAGUAGCGAAGCUAAAGCACGCAGAGUAAAAGCCCUUGGCACAGAUUGACUUUGAACUCAGAUGUGCAUGUGCACUAAGUUUUAACGUUCUAGCUCACUUCCGCUAUUUACAGCAAUACAUGGAAGGAAGGUGUGUAGCAUGUGAUCGUCGCAUUGACUAUGACAAAGAAAGCUGAGCAGGAUAUCUGCAUCAAACUUUGCCAACAGUUUGGCGAUACCUGCUCAGAGGCCUACGCAAAGUUUUCAAAAAAUUUUCAUCGUUCUCGACACAAUCAAGGAGAUCUUGUGCAACUGAAAUCCGAGUCAGUUGAAAGCAGUUUUGGCACACACUUGGCAGACACGCAUCUCAUAUUCAAAUCUUCAGUGAUAAUGAACUGAACUGAACCGUAACUAGUCUGCACAUCCUUUGAUAAUUCACGGAUGGUGAUUCUACGAUUUCCCCUCACAGCUGCACGCACAUCUGCGAUGUUUUCUCAGUUCUGCGGUUUCGCAGAACGUUCGCCAAUGUCGACAUUUUUCGGCCAUCUUGAAAACGCUUGAACCACUCGUACACUUGUGUGAGGCUCAUACACCCCUCUCCAUACACUUUCUGCAACUUUGCGUAGGCCUCUGAGCAGGUAUCGCCAUGACAGCUUUCUCUGUCAUGGUCAAUGCGACGAUCACACGCUACACACCUUCCAAACACUGUUAUAAACAGCGGAGGUGAGCUAAAACGUUAAAAUUUAGUGCGGCAUGCACACCUGAGUUCAAGGUCAAUCUGUGUCAAGUGGCUUUACUCUGCGUGUUUUAGCUUUGUUACUGUGGCAACAGUCUGGAUACUUAUUGAUCAAACUUCGUACAUAUGUUCAUGUUGUCACUCAUAUAAGCAUUACUUAAAACUCAGUCGAUGUAUGGAAACUAAUGAAAAUUGUAAUCAAAUAGUGCUAUUUAUUCUGAGUUACACAAAUAUACAUGAAAACUUUUCACUUUUUACGGGUGUUCUCAUUUUUUUUUUCCAUCGGUGGUGAGUCUAAUUUAUUUAUACCAAAAUUUGGGCCACCUUAAUGAGACACAUAAAGAAGUGUGCAUUGUAAAUAUUAGAUUUUAGAUUAAGGAAAUAUUCAGGAUUAUCAGUAAUAUUGAAUAUAGAGAAUAAAUGGUUGCGUAGGACAACUUCCUUUAGUUAGUGAGAAGAGGAGCAGAGAUUGAAAGAAACAAAAUUUGCUUUAAUUUUAAAAAGAAAAUCUGUAACUAAACCAUUGAGAUGCUGAAAAAGAAGUUACCCAUACUGCUAUACUAGUGAAAGCUAAAUCGAUAUUUUUGUACAACUUCUUACGCAGUGCGUUUGACAGAUCUUAAAUGAAAAUCAAUUUUCAAUUACUUUCGACGACUAGUGGCUAUUUUUUCUUUAUUUUUAGUUUGGUCCAUCUUUUUGGUUUGUAUUCUAUAACUGAAAGUAAUAGUUAAUGUAAUUUGUUACGAUAUUCUACGUAGGCCGAUAAUUUAGACCGAUAUAAUUUUCAUGAUACUCUAUAUAGGCCGGUAGGGUAUCAACUGUUGUUUAUAUAUUAGUUUUGCUUCGUGUGUUGUAUUACAAUGCGUUACAAUGGUUCCUUGUGGUAAAUUAUAUGAUCAGACGACGAGAAAGUGUCAUAUUUGGCCAACGUUCAGAAUAAAGUUAUACGUUAAAAUACUCACAGCAACUAUACCCACACAUCAAUGAUGUAUUCAUUAAAUUUUUAUCUAUAGUCAUUAAAUUUUUAUCGAUAACAACUUGAAAAUAGCAAUUCCAAAGAAUUAGACAUUCAUCAAUAACAGAUAAUCAAGCACUUUAGUAGACCAGUACAAAUCGGAAAAACAAUACCAAAACUAAUUCAUUCACACAGAUAUAGUGGAUAGGACAUCCAGAAAAAAAACAUAGAAACUGCAUCUGUCGUAUAGUACAUGAACUAAUUACAUCAUUAACAAAAGCUCAUAAAGUACAACACAACUUAACAGCAAAUUAACAAUAAUAGGUUUUAUUUGAACAUACAGUAUUACAAGAACACCAGAAUUAUAAACUUUCUCAUCAACAUGAAACAAAACUGUAAGCCACAGAACAUGUUUCAGAUAACCAACGUAAUAUACAAAUUUUGAUGUAAACCUGGAAGUUGUAAACUUAUUUAUUAUUUGUAAACCAUAGUUGUUGCUUUUUUCUGCUGACUAAAUAUGAUACAUUUACGGUAUUCUAUGAGUACUUUAUUGGUACUCUAUGCAUACUCUAACUAUACUUCUGCAUUGUUUUGCUUUCUUUACUGACUUCAACGUGUGGUAUGAAUGUUGGGACAUUUUAUAUAACUCUAAGUAAUUUUAUUUUCUGUGUAUGGUGUAUUUGUAAUUGAGUGUGGUAACGUAAGACGGUGCACAUUGUAUUUACUAUUUGCGUUUAGUCUGUUCUUUUGAAACAUGGUUAAAGUAUAAUACUUGGAAGAUAUCAGUAUGAAGUUACAUGCGCAUGUGGAGGUGUGGAAAAGAGUAGGUAAGAGACGGGUUCUUACAGUACUCCUUCGGCAAAUUGCAAUCCUAAAACUGUUGGGCGAACAGAUGACUAGUUUAAUAGUCAGUGUUUUGUGUUGUAUGUUAUAAAGAGGUAUAGAAUAUUUUCCACACAAGCGGACAGCAAAGUGUGGAGUCGAAAACAUUCCUGAUGUCGAUCGUAGUGAAAUGGUGCAUGUUGCAGAUUGCUUCUAUUUUCUUUCUUUUUUUUUUUUUGUUAUCUUGUUGAAACUGUCAUGUAUCUCCUGUGUUAUUAGGUCGGGGCAUAAAUAAUUGCAGUUUUUGUUAUUUUACACUUUGAUUAGUACUUUUGAAUAAAAUAUUAUCUAAUUAUGUCCAUGCAA